AUGAACACAGAAGAACAAAAUGUCCGUUUUAAUGCCUUGGAUAAUAGAAUCACCGACUUGGCAACCCAAUUUGCCCAAUUUGUGAAUGAGAUUCGAGCUAGUCUAGUGGCUGCAACCCCCAAUAGAGACGUGCUCGUGCCUACUCCUGAAGCUAGCAAUGCCAACGUUAGGGAGAACGUUGCUGAAGAGAUUCCCCAUCAAACACCCGUAGUGGUAGAACUUGACCCCAUCUCGGAGGCCAUCUCAGCUCGAAUGGAGGAGGAGAACAAAAAAAGAUUUGCUAAGCUUGAGGAGAAGCUUAAAGCCAUACAGGGAUAUGAAAGUAACAUGAUCGAGGAUCUGUCUCGAUACGCCAAAAUGGACUUUCUUGAGAAGUUUGAAGUUCCCGAUUUCGCUAAGUAUGAUGGUACCGGCGAUCCAAAAGAGAGUCUAUAUGGCCCGGCCUUGCAAUGGUACAUUCUGCUGGAACCAGAAAAGAUGGAAAAAUGGGAGGAAUUGGCGGAGGCAUUUGUGCCGCAAUAUAAAUACAAUACCAAGAUUGCAUCGACGUGCAAAGUGUUAACGUGCAUGGAGAAAAUGAGAAAUGAGUCAUUCGGGUCAUUCGCACAAAGGUGGUGCACCUUGGCUGCUCAGGUUCGACCACCACUAGACGAUGUUGAAAUGGUGAAGCUGUUCCUUAACACCCUUCCUCCAGACUUUUACAACAAAAUGAUUGGCUUUGACUGUGGAAACUUUACUCGUUUGGUUGCCAUCGGAGAGAGAAUUGAAGAAGCCAUGCAUGAAGGUCGGAUAACCGAAGGCACAAACAGGAAAUUUACUAAUAAGGAGAAAGAAGUAGAAGUAGCUUACGUGCAAGCCCUAGCCGAAUCAAAACCAUUUUCGAAUCCUCAAAAUCCUUCUACAUUAAGAGGGAGGUACCAUAAUUAUGAGCCUAGGAAGUGGACGCCAAGGCAAUUCACACCUUUGCCUAGGCCCUUGUCCAAACUGUUGCCCAAGUUACUGUAG